AUGGGGGGCAGCCUGCGGGUGGCCGUUCUGGGAGCCCCAGGCGUGGGCAAGACGGCCAUCAUCCGCCAGUUCUUGUUCGGCGACUACCCCGAGCGCCACCGGCCUACCGAAGGGCCGCGCCUCUACCGUCCCGCUGUGCUGCUCGACGGCGCGGUCUACGACCUGAGCAUCCGCGACGGCGACGUCGAUGGCCCUGGCCCGAGCCCCGGGGGGCUAGAGGAGUGGCCAGACCCUAAGGACUGGAGCUUGCAGGACACCGACGCCUUCGUGCUUGUCUACGACAUCUGCAGCCCGGACAGUUUCGACUACGUGAAAGCUCUGCGGCAGCGCAUCGCGGAGACCAGGCCUGCGGGCGCGCCCGAGGCUCCCAUCCUCGUGGUAGGGAACAAGCGGGACCGGCAGCGGCUGCGCUUCGGACCGCGGCGCGCGCUAGCCGCCCUGGUGCGCAGAGGCUGGCGCUGCGGCUACCUCGAGUGCUCCGCUAAGUACAACUGGCACGUGCUGCGUCUCUUCCGCGAGCUCCUGCGCUGCGCUCUAGUGCGCGCGCGCCCUGCGCACCCGGCCUUGCGCCUGCAGGGGGCGCUGCAUCCAGCGCGCUGCAGCCUCAUGUGA